AUGGCGGGUAUCAUUGCGGUCUACGGCUUAGUUGUUGCAGUGCUCAUUGCGGGAGGUUUGGGUCCUCCGCCCCAGAAGACAUAUAGCUUAUACACCGGUUUCAUGCACCUUGCAGCGGGAUUAUCAGUCGGCUUAUCAGGACUUGCGGCUGGCUACACGAUUGGCGUUGUCGGCGACGUGCUUGAUCGUCGCACUGAUUUUGAACUCAAAGAGCUAGAGGGAUGGAGAACGUAUUUUACGCGGCUGUAUCUAUGCUUGAUUGAUUUUUCAGGGAUUGAAUAUGUUUGA